AAAGGCAUCCCUAAUGAUUUCGCAAGGAAUGGGGGAUUCGAAAUCUUCCUUCCAGAAGGGCCUACCGCAGUUUGUGGCCGUUAUGGUAAAAAACAUUCUGUUAGUUUCUUUUGGAAUGACACUCGGAUAUCCGACGAUACUGAUUCCGAGUUUAACAAGUGGUGACCGGAAUGAGGAAAUUCAACUGACUCCAGAACAAGUGUCAUGGAUAGGGUUCGUGUUGGCCCCAGAAACGGCAGGGAGCGUCAAUAUCAAGCAACUGCUCGGCACCGGUGGUGAGUGACCAGACUGCGGGGUAUGCAAGCACUUCUGCCCAAGGCACUGGACAAACUGCCAAGAAGGGUACACAGGAAAAAAAGACCAUGGUCCCAGUUCCUGCUACUGAAAAGGAAUGAAGGGGACUUUACGAAGAUAAACCAGAAAAGCGCCUUUCUGAGCUCAAAAGGCCGUUACUAUUGGCCAACGAUUGCAUGUACUUCAACCAGAUCUAGUUGAGAGCUUCUACGUAGACUUUUCAUGGAAGGAUGUGGCGCCGUAUUCUCUAAGCCUGACUGUAAAUAUUACCCUUUUGGCAUUUGUAUUGCUUCGAAUAUUUUUCCAGGUCAUGUUCCUGUUACACUGCCUUUUUUAUCGCGUAAUUCCUUGUUUACUGCAUGUGCAAAAGAUAGCACUAUAAGUAGGUUCGGAUUGUCUGACUGGUGCGAAUUAUUAUCAAUUCAAAAAUUCAUGAAAAUGUGUAAGAAGUGCGCGAACCAUGAAGCGUGAAACAAAUUUACUUCUGUGCACUAAUGCGUGGUAUCUGUAGGUACACUUUCAUGAUCAAUCAACCUAAUGUGUGUACCAAUCGGUUGCCUACUUUCUGGAGUUUUAACAACACCCGUAGGCAGGCGACGUUCAAUGCAAGUGAUAUGCUUUCCUCUGGCAGCGUCUUGGUUAACAUUCAACUUUGCGAAAGAAGUGUGGCACGUUUACUUGGCUCUAUCAAUAACAGGACUUUGCGGUGGUCUUGUCGAAGCGCCGGUAUUAUCCUACGUCGCAGAAAUUACGACGCCUCGUCUAAGAGGGAUGCUUUCCGUAUCGAGCACCUUAUCGCUGACUUUCGGAAUAUUGCUGGAAUUCGUAAUUGGAAGCGUGCUACACUGGCGUACCGUAGCGUUAAUUUCCGUCGCGCCGCCGGUCUUAUCGUUCAUUCUGUUGUGUUUUAUGCCCGAAAGUCCGCACUGGCUGAUCAUGCGCAACAAAAUACAGCAAGCUCAAAAAAGUCUAGCCUGGCUAAGAGGGUGGACUACAUUUGACGCCGUGAAGGAGGAAUUCGACGCGAUGUGCUUAAGUCAUCGCGUUUCCAGGAAAACUGGAGCUAUAAAUGAAGCGUUUGACGGAAGCGUUUCAGAUGUGAACACCAAAUCGUUUGUUGACCAGCCGACGUCGUUCUUCAAAGAAAAACUGGCGAACUCGAAAAAUUUCAUCAAGAAAAGUUUUCUAUGGCCGCUCGCGAUGGUGUCCUUCAUAUACUUUUUAGCUAAUUUUACUGGUUCUUGGACAUUGCAAACGUACGCUGUUAAAAUUUUUGGGACACUAAACUCUCCAAUGGACAAGUAUCAUGCGACAAUUCUUCUCGGACUUGUCGAAUUUAUCGGUUGCCUUGUUUGCGUUUUCUUCGUAAGGCUGUGCGGGAAGCGAGUCAUGGCUUUUGUCUCGAUAUGUGCGGUUGGAAUAUGCGGAAUUGUUGUUGGAACGUACGCUUACACCAACGAUAUUCGUUAUCUACAAUUAAACGACGCUGCAAACGCGUCCGCAACACCAACUAUUGACUCUCACAAUUGGGUUCCUUUGGUAUUUUUAAUUAUCCUAGCCUUUGUGCACCAUUGCGGACUGAAACCAUUGCCGUGGAUUUUAAUUGGGGAAAUAUACUCGCACAACACCAGAGCGACAGGUUGUGGAAUCUCUAGCGCGGUUUCUUACUUGUUUGGGUUUUUGGCCAAUAAAUUAUUCUUAGAUAUGAUCAAGUCCAUGACCAUAUCGGGAACUUAUUGGUUUUACGCGGCGAUAAGUUUUGUAGGGUGCUUGGUAUUGUACUUUAUACUUCCUGAAACGGAAGGAAGAAGCUUACAGGAAAUUUCUGAUCAUUUCGCUGGAGAUGCUAGACUAGAUAAUAAAUUUAGAAGGAAACUUAAUGAGGGAGAAAGUGAUCGCGAUACAGAUUUAUCUAAAGUUAACAGUAUUUCCAUCAGUUAAGCCUUUCUGUCAGUACUGAGCUACAUACACAGCCUCGUAAUCCUAAUAUAAAACUUCUAUUAAAUUUUGACAAAUACGUUUGGAUCCGUAUGUAUACUUAACUAAUGUGUUUUAGCAUUAGUUUGUCGUUUAUUAAAUUUGUUUGUACAAAUUGUGACAUAAAUAUGUUAUUAUUUAAACAUUAUAGUACUUGAUGAUUGAGCUAAAGAAAUAAAAUU